AUUGGAAAAAUCAUCAAAACAAAAGACACAAGCGCGUGUUUUUUUCGGCAGUCUUUUUCCCGUGGUUUGUUGGAACGGUUAUUGGAAUUGUUUUUUUUAGUUCAAGUAAUUCCAAGAUAAACGUGUUUAUUCAGAAAAGCAAAAGUUUUGAAAAGUUUUCUACAAACAUGGGUGACGAAGUCGAUGGAUUUGUGGUACCGCACUUGCAGUCGUGGUUCCGGCAGAACAGUUUUCUCUGCACACCGGAUAAUGGGUUACUGUACUACUCUCGGUCGGAUGUUAACUACGUUCCGCCGCUGGCAAAGGGACAAAUGCCGCAAGUAAAAGUUUUUAGUAAUAAGGCUAGCAUAAAAUCGAUGGCUUGCUCUUCGGAUUGGAACGAAAAGCGAGAAUUCGCAAUUCUCGAUGACCACAACGUUCUCUGCAUCUGGGACAUGGACAAGGAAGCCCCGGUCAAGGGCCACAAAGGUCACUUUUUAAAACGGCAGCAUACCAGAGAUAAAGAUGUUUGCUCGGCCAUAUGCUUCAGCCAAACCGAAAAGGUUAUCUCGGUGGAUUACUCUGAACUAAUCGUGUACUGCCUGCUAACAGAUACCUUCAAAGUGUAUCCGGAUUUCUUCAAACAGUCGAUGACAGUGGUGAUAUUGUCACCUUCGCCACAUGAUCGGUAUAUCUUUGCAGCUGGAACACGAUCCGGUCUUGUGCUGCUGUUCUCGAUCAAAGACAUGACAAUUCUGUAUACAAUGCGUGGCCAUGAUAAAGAGAUCGUAUCCAUUGAUUGGAUGCAAGUCCCCGUUAUACCGGAAGAUUGUUCUGCUAGCUGGCGUCGGGAGGAAAGACCAAAGAUUGAAGCGCGGAAGAAAAAAGAGAGAGAUUCAGAUGAAAAUCCCCCUCAAGUUGAGAAUCCUCCUGCGGAAGCAGCUGUCGCUGAUGCUUCAGACAUAUUUGACAUAUAUGACUAUAACGAAAAUGAAGAAGAGUUCGGAACUAUUAUCGAUCGAGAAACGUCAAGCUACAACAAACGGGAUCGCUUUCGGGAUAAAAUUCAUACAACAGAAGGUUUCAAUUUUUUGGAAGCUUGUCAAAGCUUAAAACAAGAUAUUAUUGAAGCUCAAAAACAAGAAAACGAAGAAGAUGAUGAUGCUCUGGGGGACGAAUCGAGGCCAUUGAUAAACACGGAUGACGAAAAUGAACUGGACGAUGCGGAGAAGCUUCGUGAUUAUAUCAUUGUGGAUGAUGAGGGAAAAGAGAAACAAGAAUCUGCUGAAUCCAAUAAAAGCCAAAACGAAUUGGCUCGUUUGAUUAUGGUAACCGGUAGCCGAGAACAAAGUAUCUAUUUCUGGGAUGUUGAGUCUGGUGUUGCUAUCGAUCGAGUAUUUAAUCAAACUUCUUCAUCGUUUAAAAAAAUGUCGCCUUCCACUUUCAUCACUGUUGCGUGGAUAAAUCCGGAAAAGAUUGUGGCGAAUAACCAAUCUGGUCAUGUGUUCGAAUGGAAGGUAAAUUUCCGUUUUCGAGCAACUCGCGUUCGAAUGACUUCUAAGAUGAAUAGCGUGCGGUACCCGGUCGAUGGAAUAGUUUCGGUUGUUCGAGCUAAGGGUUCUAUUGCCUCCAAUGAUCCUAAUAAAGAAUAUCUAUGGUGCCUUUCUAUGAAUAGAAAAAUACUUGCUCUCUCAAUAAAAGAUAGACCAGAAGUAAUCGUUGAUCUCACUAGUAUGGCAUCCGGCAAUAUGGUCAUACAAGAAAAUCCACACGAAUCAACAGUUUUGGCUGUUGGUUGUACCGACAAAAAGCUGAUUACUCUAAACCUAGCCAGUAUGACAUCUACCAACGUUAAUUGUGUGCCGUUCAUGAAUAAAGUCGUCAGCAAGGUAUCCGCCCUAGAUUGGCACCCGGAGAAGGAAAACGUGAUAGCUUUCGGUACGGCAGAAGGCCGCAUUGGAUUGAUGGACACCAACAGCCCAAACAACGUUCCGGUUCUGAUGAAACCCCCAUUUUUGAACAGUGAAGUUUAUGCCCUUAAGUGGUGCAUGCUAACCGAAGCAAACAACAUCAAAAGUCUGGUAUUGUUCGCAUCGGGCAAAAAACAUAUUGCCUACUUCAGAAUGAUGGGGUUUAAUAUUCAUGAACCUAACGAGCUUAAACAGUUUGGAAUGGUGUCCGAUGUGACUGCGUAUGGUCGGUAUUUGUUCGUCGGAAGUCAGGAUGGUUCAUUUACUAUCAGCGAUCUGGAUAAUAAUUUGGCGAAGCUUUACCAUAUGAACGUAGCACGACGGUAUAUUUGCUCAAUGCAAUAUAAAAACGACAUACUAGCCGUAGCAUCCAAUGGUGUAAACAUUCAUCUGGUUGAUUUCUCUAAUGGCAUGGACGACCAAGUGACAGAAAACAUAACUUCGUUAGAGGGCCACACAGAAGGAGUUUGCACUGUUCGUUGGGGAAACGGUGACAGUAAAUUGCUUGUUUCCAGUAGCUUCGACAGCACAGUUCGUGUUUGGGACACUACUAGUGCCAGUUGUAUUGCCGUAUACAACUCGACUGAUUCGGUUUUCUGUGCUAUCUUUUCACCGAUUCAUGAGAACGUUAUAAUCUUCUCCGGUAAAGGCACGACUUUGUCUUUCAUAGAUUACACCAAACAUCUAGCUUCAGAGAAUAGUUCCACGAAAAAAACCAAAGUUCCCGUAAAGUGGGCUGUAGAUGAAAGCGCUACGAACAAUAAGUUAGCUCGCGAACGUAAAAAGAUGCAAAAAUCAGUAGAUAAACAUUUAUCGAAAGCAGUUGAAGCCUUCAGAAUUUCAGAUUCUACACCUGGAAAUAGUCCGACUGUGUCAACAGAGCGAAUCAACGGUGCCUUGCCAGAUCAUCUUGAGAACGGAAUAGAAACACAGGCUGAUAAGCUUGAGGCAGAUUCUUCUCUACAGUCGCUAUCCGAUCGACUUCAACAUAUGAAAGUUAAAGAAAACGUUCCCCCGAACGUUCAACUGAACGCCAGUUAUCAGACUGUAUUCCACUUGACCAAACGGGAACUCAACAAAGCAUCUCGCAUCCUUCGAUGCAUCACCAGUUUGGCUAAGUAUACCGAACCCCUAGAGGAAGCAGAAGAACAAAAGGAAGCCCAAGCCGCAGAGCAAGAUCAAACAAAACCAAAUGCUGAAGCACUGUAUUUGAACGAAAAAUUAUUCCGCAGCGAAAAAGAAUUGCGAGAGCUUAUUCAUGAAGAAACCUUGAAUCAUCGUCACUCAACAAGUUCAUCUAUCGGUACAGUUCUGCUUCCUCAAAUCAAUUUCCAACUCAAGGAAGUUAUCAUCGAACGAAUCGCUUCGGGGACGCUCACGGAUCAGCUGCUGUCAUUGACUCCUUCUGUUUCUUAUGAAUUCUGGAGAAAGAGCUGCGAGGCAUACGCCUAUCAGAUUCUGGGAAACCGGGGCGCUUUAGCAUCGGUCCCUUACUUCAUUGCUUGCCACAAGAUUGACGAAUCCAUCGAUACCUUGUGCAAGCAUAAGUUUUUCCGUGAGGCUUGGGCGAUAGCUAAACUACGCAAAGCCGAUGACGACCCGAUACGUGAACAGGUGUGUACAGAGUGGGCCCAGUACCUAGAGAGUGUCGGAAACAUGGAAGGUGCAGCAUUGAUCUGGACCGCUGUUAAAAAGUACAAAAAUGCCAUAGCCAUUCUAUCGAAGCGCAAGGAAAUUUCCGAAGAAAUCCAAGCGACCAUCGACGCGUUGAACGCCAAAUUACACGAGUCGCUGCCAGUGGCGUAGGACUCGAUCUACAGUAUUAUUGUUUUUUUUAAUUCAAUUGAACAAUCUCUUGUUGUUAUCGAACCUGACUCCAAAGCAAGACUCUUGUUUAUUGAAAAACCUCUACCUUUUAAAAAUACUCGGAUUCGAAUAAAUGUUUGCCAAGCGAUCUUUACUUCAGUGAAAAAAGGAACAAUAAAGCCAAGUAACGAUCAACAAUUGA